GCGCGACUCGCCACCAAAAUUCUAUGCCUUACUAUCUCUCAAACAAUCAUGGAAGCGCCGGAAGGCGAAGACCUCAAGCCAAAGAUUAACAUUACCAUCAACUUUGAUGGCCAAGUCUGCACCGUCAAGGUCAAGCCUGGUAUGCCUUUCAAGAAGAUAUUUGAUGCAGCGGAGAGUCGCUUCAACAGGGAGCCAGGGACAUUGAAGUACACGUUCGACGGUCAAAGGCUACGGCCCGAACAGUGCCCCGCGGAACUGGAUAUGGAGGACGGCGAUGUGAUCGAUGCGCAUUUGCCUCAGAUGGGCGGUGCUGCUCUUGCGCCUCUAUCCCGGCAGCGUCGCCGACCCGCGUAUCACUUUUGAUGUCUAUGCCGGUGUUCUCUGCGUUAUUGAUUCGGGAAUACACAUGUUGCAAUAUACCCUGUAUCCAGUUUUUUUCUAGCUACUAUACAGUCUGCGCAUUCUUGAGAUCACUGUUGAUUUUCGGCCAAGAAACAUUG